GGGUUUGGGGCUCUGUGGGACCCUGUUACCUGGAGGAUGGGAUGAGAGACAAGCUGUGCUGCCAUCUGCUUUUUGUGCCACUUCAGGACUCCUGCACUGCUGGGACUGGUGUCUCCAUCCAUCCUUUUUGCCCACAGGUUGGCAGAACAGUGUUGAUACAAGGUUUUGUUCUGGUUCCUGAGCAAACACCUUCCUGACAUUAUUUUGGAUGUCCCAGAUGACAUCACCUGCCUUUUUCCUGCUGUGAAGCUCUAUAUAUGAAGAUCCUGGGUCCCGGUGAUCUUCAGAAGACAGGGACCUUGGCUGGAGAGAGAGCUUGGUCAGUUGCCAGGACCGAAGAUGUCGGUGUUGUGGACUCUUGUCCUCCUCAACAGCCUGCUGAUCCCUUCACAUGGACUUGGAAUCCCAUUCUUGGCUGCCAGAGCAGAUAUGAAUGGUUUUAGAGAUUCACCAGCCAAAGGUGUUCCCCAGAAACCUCCAAGUGGUCUCCUUGGUGGCAACCUGCUCGGUGGUCUCCUUGGCAAGAACGGAGUCGUUGGGGGUGUCCUGGGCAAACAUGGUCCUGUAGGCAGUCUCCUUGGCAAAGAGGGAGUCGUUGGAGGCCUCCUUGGCAAAGAGGGUGCUGUUGGCAGUCUCCUUGGACCAGAUGGUGCUGUUGGAGGUCUCCUUGGUGGAGAUGGUCUCAUUGGCGGCCUCCUUGGACCAGAUGGUGCUGUUGGAGGUCUCCUUGGACCAGAUGGUGCUGUUGGAGGUCUCCUUGGUGCAGAUGGUCUCCUUGGUGGAGAUGGUCUCCUUGGUGGUCUCCUUGGUGCAGAUGGUGUAGUUGGUGGUCUCCUUGGCCAAGAUGGUAUCCUCAGCGGUGUCCUUGGCAAAGAUGGUGUCCUUGAUGGUCUCCUUGGCAAAGACGGCCUUGUUGAUACUCUGCUUGACACUGUCCUUGAGCUUCUCAUUGGCAAAAAUGGUCUCCUUGGCAAAAACGGUCUCGUUGGCAGCCUUCUCAGCAGAAAUGGUGAAGAACUCUUGGGACUGAGAAUUCUGAACAACACCCUCCCCAAAGUCAGUCUGCGCUCCCUGCCAGGCUUUGGGCACCAGGUGGACUUCAACACAAAGCUGCUGGUAGAGAGCAGUGUGCCGGGCCAGCCGCUCUGCGAGGAGGUGGAGGUGGAUGCGACCAUGCUGGUCCAGGACACGUGGACGGCUCACCAGAACACUCUGAACUGCAAGCCUGUUGACAUAAACAUCUAUGUGAGCCCCAGACUGCCAGUUCUGGAUGAGCCUUUGCAACGCCUCCUUAGAGGUGUCCUGCAGGAUCUGGGCUGCAACAUCAUCAAUGCCAGGCUCAAGGUGUUGAGCUCCCUGCUCGGCUCCAGCAACAAGGUGCUCCCACUCGGGGCUUUGGGGGACCUGCCCCCCUUCUCCAUCCUCAGUGGUGAUGCCAUCCAGAUGGAUCUGAACCUCCUCUCUGACAAUGCCAGGGCUGGCAUGAUGACCCCCACGCAAGGACUGCCACUCACUGCCAGCCUGCAGUUGGCCACGGGCCGCCCACCACGGCUCAGCCUCUCCCAGGACACCCUCAGCGCUCUGCUGGAGCAGGUCCAGGGGCAGGGAGCCCUCAACCUCAGCAUCACCAGCCUGACGGAGAGCACAUCCCCUCUGCAAGGCCAGGUUCCCCAGAGCAGCUCGCUGACCACAUCUGCCCUUUUCCCGUUAAUCCCCCAGCUCACCCGGGUCCUCCCUGGCUCUCUGCCCCUGGAGCUGCGUGUCCGAGUACGCAACGAGCCAGUGGUGACUGUGAGGGAUGGAAGAGCCACUGUCACCCUCAAAGCCACUGUCGACUUCAUCAGUUCUGCCCUGCAGACUCCCCAGGGGCUCCUGUUCUCCCUUGAUGUGGACAUCGUUCUGAGCAUCACCCCAUCAGUCUCUGAUGGCAAACUGCAAACCUCCCUGGCUCUUGACAGCAUCAACCUGACACGUUUCCCCCCGAGUCUUGACGCUCCCACUGCCUCCACGGUCAGAGAAUGGGUCAAGAAGGUCCUCUCAACUGCAUAUGUACCUUCUAUUGAAGAUGCCAUCAGUGUGACGCUCCCACUGCCCAGCACCCUCAUCGGCAGCCUCAUGAACGCUGAAGUCGACAUCACUGAUGUAGGCGAGUUUUCUGGCCAGACCACUCUAGGAGGAUCCUGCUCGGGAGGAGCCUCGAUGCUGUUCCCUUUCUGAGGCAGCACAAGCACCCCAAGCCCUGCUCUGCUCCACGCUCUCCCUCUUCCUUUCUCUCAAGCUCUGCCCUGUGCUGUGGCUGUGGCCUGAGCAGGACAGGGCUCUGGCCAGCACCAGGGUGGGAAAGCUGCUCAGCUGGUGGAUGACUGGGGGUUCCUGUGGCCACUUUUAACACCCAGAGCCAGGAGGCAGAGCUCUCAGGCACAAAGCUUGCCCUCGUAUUGCUCUUUCAAUAAAAUCUCUCAUUCUCACAGUA